AUGACACCCAUUGAGACCGACGAAGAUGUCAAGUCGAUGUUUCAAUGUCAUGUAACAUUAUCUCAAUUACCCACCAUUGAGAUAUAUGUUCGUCUAGUCGAAAAUGUUGAAGAACAACCGAGUCACAAUGAAGAUGUUGAAGAACAACCGACUCACAACGAAAAUCUCGGUUAUCCAACGCAAUCUGUACAGUCACACGACUAUGGAAUGAUUCAAGCCAUUGACAAAGAGCCGACUCAAAAUAAUGAACCUUUCAUACCAAAUGAAGAGGUAGGCGAGAAUAGUGAGGAUGAUCUUGAGGAGGUUCGAUUUGAAGAUCUAUUUGGUGUUAGCGAUGACGAUGGCAAUGAGGACAUAUUCGACACACCGACCAUUGCACUAAGAGCGCAACCAAUUAGUUUGUACAACCCACCUGCGCACAUGCAAAAUAUAAGUUUGGAUGAUGCUGAACCAAUCUCCGUUUUCGGAAGUUUCAUACCAACUCACAAUUCUGAAGAAAUAGAGGAGGGCAUCGAGUAUGAAAAUAAGGAAGGGUGUGUUCUGGCGUUGCAACAAUGGCAUAUAAAACGUAGUCUAGAUUUUUCUGUGGUUAAAUCUGACAAUGUACGUUUUGUCAUCAUAUGUAGAAAUUCAACAUGCAAUUUCAAAUGCAGGGUCUCUUUGCGUAAGGGCAACUCAAGGUGGAGAGUUGGUAAGUCUGGUGGGCCUCAUACGUGCACAAACACUUCCAUGUCACAAGACCAUACAAAACUCAGUUCAGAAAUGAUUAGUAAGAGCAUAAUGGAGCUUGUAAAUCGGGACGCUUCUCUUAAGGUGAAGGUUAUCAUCGCUCAUGUUGCUGAGAAAUAUAGGUAUAUCAUAUCCUACAAAAAGGCAUGGAUUGCAAAGUGUAAGGCAAUUGAGUCGUUGUAUGGAAAUUGGGAGACAUCUUACAACGAUCUGCCGCAGUGGAUACUGGUAAUGAAAACAUAUCUACCAGGUACCAUUAUAGAAUUACAAUCCUUACCUGUGAUUUCAAAUGAUGGUUCAUACUUGGGUGACCAAAGGAUAUUUCAUCGUCUAUUUUGGGCGUUUAGACCAUGUAUACGUGGUUUUGCAUAUUGUAAACCAAUUGUGCAGGUUGAUGGAACAUGGUUGUAUGGCAAGUACAGAGGGACUCUGUUGAUGGCUGUGGCACAGGAUGAGAACGGGAACAUAUUUCCGAUAGCAUUCGAAUUGGUUGAAAGUGAGACAAAGGAAGCUUGGAGUUUCUUUCUUAAGAAUUUAAGAAUACACGUUACCCCCCAAGCAAAUCUAUGCCUAAUAUCAGACAGGCAUGAACCGAUAAAGAGUGCAUACAACAAUCCGGAAAAUGGAUGGCAGUAUCCUCCAUCAUCACACGUCUAUUGCAUUAGACACAUCGCACAAAACUUCAUGCGCGAUAUUAAAGACAAGGAUCUGCGCAAAAUAGUUGUUAACAUGGGUUAUGCGUUAACAGAGGCAAAAUUUAACUACUAUCGGGGGGAAAUCCGAAGAACAAAGAACGACGCUUUAUCAUGGAUAGACAACAUCCCUCGGGAGAAACGGGCAAGGGAAUUUGACGGAGGGCAACACUGGGGUCACAUGACAACUAACCUAGUAGAAGCAAUGAACUCGGUGCUAAAAGAAACUCGAAACCUUCCAAUCAUUGCGUUGGUCAAAUCUACGUACUAUCGUUUAGGAUCACUAUUUGGUAGAAGAGGCCAUCAAUGGACAAAAAUGUUAGCCUCUGGGCAGAGAAAUGGAAAGGUAGAGAGUGAAGGACGUGAGCUUCAAGGUGAGAAGCCAAAAGGUCCUCUUUUUCUCUCUUUGUUUUUCGAGAAAAAGCGAUGA